ACCCAUACGAAAAGCUCCCCUUUUCUUUAGCCUUUUGUAUCAUCUGCUUACACUCUUUUAUGUCCCUUUUUGGGAGCAGCGAUACCUUCUCAGACUGUCUUAGGAAAAGCAUUAAAGAAAGUACUUUACCUCAGUAACUGCCAAGUGAGGGAAUAGGAACACCUGCUCAGUUUUGCUUUAGUCAUCUUCUUCAGGAGCUCCUCAUCUGGAAGAAAAUGAGAAAUCACAGAAGGCUGCCUGAAAAGAAUGUGCCCCGCUGCUUGCUUAAGAAGGUGUAGGGCCUGAGCCUUUAUUGCUGGAGGAUUUGAAGAGGCAGCUGAAGGAACAACAUGUUUAAUGAGGAAAUCUGAAAGGGCAUCUUAUCAGAAAUUGUCAAUCUCUUGGUACCAGCUUUUUAAACGACAAAACAAAAUGGAACUGGCUUAAGCGCAAGGUCAUGUCAUUAUGCCACACGUAUGAGAAGAAAGUACUGUGUUAUGACACAGCAGUGGAGACUAGCAAGAAAGAAUUCCUACAGAACACCACUGCAUCAAACAAUCUGAUUGGCACUGCUGCUUUGGCAGUUCAGGUGGUUGGUAGCAACUGGCCCAAGCCACAUUAUACGCUGCUGGUGACGGGCCUCUGCCGGUUCCAGAUACUGCAGCUGCUGAAGGAGAAGCCGUACCCUGUUGCGGAAGUUGAGCAGUUGGAUCGACUUGAGCAGUUUACAAAUCAGCAUAAAUCUGAGGAGGAACUUGGAGAGCUGUCAGAACAGUUCUACAAAUAUGCUGUGCAGUUGGUUGAGAUGCUGGAUAUGUCUGUUCCUGCAGUUGCAAAGCUGAGACGUCUUCUGGAUAAUCUGCCUAGGGAAGCUUUGCCAGAUAUACUGACUUCAAUCAUCCGUACAUCCAACCAAGAGAAGCUUCAGAUUCUAGAUGCGGUUAGGCUGGAGGAAAGGUUCAAGAUGACUAUACCAUUGCUUGUUAGACAAAUUGAAGGACUGAAGCUUCUUCAGAAAACAAGAAAGCCCAAACAGGAUGAUGAUAAAAGGGUUGUAGCCAUUCGUCCUAAUAGAAGAAUCAAUCAUAUUCCAAGCACCACAGAAGAUGAGGAGGAGGAGGAAGAUCAUGAUGAUGUUGUCAUGCUUGAGAAAAAGAUUAGAACUUCCAGUAUGUCAGAACAAGCUUUUAAAGUUUGUCUUAAGGAAAUAAAGAGAUUGAAGAAGAUGCCUCAGUCAAUGCCAGAAUAUGCAUUAACAAGAAAUUAUUUGGAACUUAUGGUAGAACUGCCAUGGAACAAGAGUACGAAAGAUCGCCUUGAAAUUCGUGCAGCUCGAAUUCUUCUGGAUAACGAUCAUUACGCUAUGGAGAAGUUGAAGAAAAGAGUUUUGGAGUACUUAGCUGUCAGGCAGCUUAAAAACAACCUCAAGGGACCCAUUCUUUGUUUUGUGGGACCCCCAGGAGUUGGCAAAACCAGUGUCGGGAGAUCGAUUGCAAAGACUUUGGGACGAGAAUUCCACAGAAUUGCUUUAGGAGGUGUCUGUGAUCAAUCUGAUAUCCGAGGCCAUAGGCGCACCUAUGUUGGCAGCAUGCCUGGCAGAAUAAUCAAUGGACUGAAGACUGUUGGGGUUAAUAAUCCAGUGUUCCUUUUAGAUGAGGUUGAUAAACUGGGGAAGAGCUUGCAGGGAGAUCCUGCAGCAGCCUUACUAGAGGUCUUGGAUCCGGAGCAAAACCACAGUUUCACCGAUCACUACUUAAAUGUAGCCUUUGAUCUGUCCCAAGUCCUCUUUAUAGCUACAGCCAAUACUACAGCAACUAUCCCACCUGCUCUGCUCGACAGGAUGGAAGUCAUUCAGGUUCCAGGAUAUACACAAGAAGAAAAAAUUGAAAUUGCUCACAGACACUUGAUUCCUAAACAGCUUGAACAACAUGGUCUUACUCCACAGCAGAUACAGAUUCCACAAGUAACCACUUUAGACAUAAUUACAAGGUACACUAGAGAGGCAGGAGUCCGCUCUCUGGAUCGAAAGCUGGGGGCUAUUUGCAGAGCAGUGGCAGUGAAAGUGGCAGAAGGGCAGCACAAAGAAACAAAGCCUGAUCGUUCUGAACUGGGUGAAGGAGAAGACUGCAGAGAACAUGUCACAGAAGACGCAAAAUCAGAAUCCAUCAGUGACGCGGCUGACCUGGCUCUGCCUCCUGAAAUGCCAAUUUUAAUUGAUUUCCAUGCUUUAAAAGACAUCCUGGGGCCACCCAUGUAUGAAAUGGAGGUGUCAGAACGCUUAAGCCAGCCAGGAGUAGCCAUAGGCCUGGCUUGGACUCCGCUGGGAGGAGAGAUCAUGUUUGUGGAAGCCAGCCGCAUGGACGGGGAAGGCCAGCUCACUUUGACUGGUCAGCUGGGAGAUGUCAUGAAGGAGUCAGCACAUCUUGCAAUCAGCUGGUUGCGCAGCAAUGCAAAGAGAUACCAGCUCACUAAUGCUUCUGGAAGUUUUGAUCUCCUUGACAACACUGACAUCCAUCUGCACUUCCCAGCUGGAGCUGUCACAAAAGACGGACCAUCUGCUGGCGUUACCAUAGUAACCUGCCUUGCUUCCCUCUUCAGUGGGCGGCUGGUGUGCUCAGAUGUAGCCAUGACAGGAGAAAUUACACUGAGAGGCCUUGUUCUUCCAGUUGGAGGAAUUAAAGACAAAGUGCUGGCAGCGCACCGAGCUGGACUGAAGAGAAUUAUCAUUCCUCAAAGAAAUGAAAAAGAUCUUGAAGAAAUCGCACUGAAUGUACGGCAAGAUCUGACUUUCGUUAUGGCAAGCUGUCUGGAUGAAGUUCUUAAUGCUGCUUUUGAUGGAGGAUUUUCAGUUAAGCCCAGAGUUGAGCGUUUGAAUAGUAAACUUUAAGUAGACAGGCUGAGAUUACUUCUAUAUCGAAUUUUAAUAGAGAAUAGUAACUAUCAACUAGAUACAUAUAUCAAGCAUAAAUAUGAGCUAAGACUGACAGUUUAGAUUUGCGUGCAAAUGCAAUCAAAAUAAAAGUAUCGCUUUAGCAGUUAACAACCCAAAACCGCAUUUGCUGGAUAUGCUGCCUUUUACUACUACCAGCAAGGAGUCUUGAAAAGAAGACUUAUUUCCUGACAGAUUCAAGCAUGAGUAACCUAAUGCUAUUGAGAAACAGUUCCUUACCUUACCUGGUAGGUAGUUACAUCAGUGUCAACAGCUGAUGACAUCUGUAAAGCAGACAAGCCCACAGCCAGGGAAUCAUAUGCAGUUUGUGUGGUCAGAGAACACAAACUGCAGCAAAUGCAGCACAGAACAGCAAGAGGAGGUAAUAAUGGGGAUGUUAACCAAAAGCAAACUGAUUUGGGGCACGGGUGCUUUCUUUUUAGGAAAUAACGUUCAGGCAAUCUGCUAAGGAGUGGUGGCAUCAGGAGAAACAGGAGUUUGGAAGUUUUAAGGAAAUGCGUAGAGGAUUUAAGGAUAACAGAAACAGUAGUUCUCACUUUUGUCAAGGAAAGGUAAUGCACUGAAGUUCAUGUGUGCAGAGUUGUACUUACAGCACUGGAAGUAGGUGGCAGAUACCGGGAAGACUUAUAGAAAAAACAGUCUGGUAACAUUUGGGAGGGGAGGGAAAGGGACCCCUUAAUUCUUAUGUGAUACAAAACUAGGAGCACUGCUGAUUCUGGGAUACUUCUGUGUAGAGUUUAGACUCUAAGUACUACAUACAUUUAAACAACACCAAUAAAACUACUGGACAAUUAAAUUUGAUUAAGUAGUGCACACUAAUAAUGUAAGGUUGGAGGAAGUGUUUCAGAUAGAAAUUUAAUUUUAUGGAAUCUACAGUUCUUGAGUUUCUUGUUGCUUUGUAUGAGGGUAAGCCAUGAGAGAGAGAAAACCUCAUCUCUGCUAUUCUGUUCUUGCUCGUUAAUUUUGAAACAACUAAAGUGUCCUUAUGAAAAUUAAAUUGUAUCAGUGACAGAAGCCUAUAAAUCAAAAUGAAUUGUUUGUUUGGCUUUAAUUGCCAUUGAUAAAGCUGAUUUACCUGGAAUAUAACAGUAGUUAUAUUAAUACAUUCAGUGGGUGUUUUUUCACUAGAUUAUAAAAACGUUCACAGAAGACUUAAUUUAAUAAAAUGA